AUGAUUAAGAAGUUUUCCCAGCUCUAAGUUUUUCAUUUGGCUCUGACUGAAGUUGUCCUCAGCGGGAAUGUGCUAAUUUGGCCUACAGAUGGCAGCCAUUGGUUAAAUAUUAAAAUCCUCCUUGAAGAAUUGAUUCAACGAAAUCACAGUGUGACUGUACUGGCUACAUCAGAAACGUUAUUCAUCAACUCCAGUCCUGAUGACUUUAUGCACUUUGAAGAGAUUCCAGUUUCCUACAAGAAAAGCAAUAUAGAUGAAAUAAUUAAACACAUGAUCGCCCUGUGGCUAGACCACAGGCCAACACCUCUCACCAUGUGGACAUUCUACAAAGAACUAGGAAAGCUCCUCGAGACUUUCUAUCAAGUAAACAUUCAGAUCUGUAAUGGUGUACUAAACAAUCCCACACUAAUGUCAAGACUUCAGAACCGUGGCUUUGAUGUGUUAAUAGCCAACCCAGUAACAAUUUGUGGCGACCUGGUUGCUCUGAAAUUGGGAAUACCGUUUGUGUAUACAUUGCGCUUCUCUCCAGCCUUUACAGUGGAGAGGCACUGUGGGAAAAUCCCAGCACCUAUUUCUUAUGUACCUGCAGCCCUGUCAGAGCUCACUGACCAGAUGUCCUUUGGUGAAAGGGUUAAGAACACCAUAUCUUAUCCUCUGCAGGACUAUAUAUUUCAGUCCUACUGGGGAAGAUGGGAUUCAUACUACAGCAGAGUUCUAGGAAGACCCACCACAUUAUGUGAGACUAUGGGGAAAGCUGAGAUUUGGCUGAUGCGAACAUAUUGGGACUUUGAAUUCCCUCGUCCAUAUUUACCUAAUUUUGAGUUUGUGGGAGGACUGAACUGCAAACCUGCCAAGCCUUUACCUAAGGUAGGUCUCUGGAGGGGAAAAGCAGGAAAAUAG